UUACCUCACGGUGACCACCACGGUCGUAGUUUCCAAUUCCAUCAACAAAACCAGGCCGUGUCUCCCCACUCUCUCAACGGUGGCGCGUGCAGGUGCGUGGACUACUACUGACUCCCACUGAAAGGCCUACCUACAUAACCAUCUCUCUCUCUCUCACUUCUGUCCCUAUUUUUUUCUCUGAAAAAACAAACCAGACUCUCACAACCAACACAGCUCAACUCAGAAACCCGAGCCGUCAGUCUCAGUCCACCAAAGAAGAAGAAGAAGAAGCAGCUAGAGUGUUCAGAUCGCCGGGUCGGGUAAUGGAGACCGGCCCAAGCCCAAGCCCGCGGCUUUCUCCGGCCGAAUGCCACCAAUACGCCGUCGUAUCGCCUUAUUGAAAUCCCCGGAAAGCUCCACAAUUUCGCCAACGUGACCGCUUCUUCUUGUUUUUUUUUUUUGCUCCGAGAAUGGCGGCUACUAACACCACCACGCAGACGGUGGCCGUGGGGAUGGAACUCGCGGUGGACACGUCGUCGCCGUCGCCGGACGACGCGGCGGCCAAGGCCGUGACGAAACGCUACGAGGGGCUGGUGACGGUGAGGACCAAGGCCAUAAAGGGCAAAGGGGCUUGGUACUGGGCCCACCUAGAGCCCAUUCUGGUUCACAACACCGACACCGGGCUACCCAAGGCCGUGAAGCUCCGCUGCGCUCUCUGCGAGGCCAUUUUCUCGGCGUCGAACCCGUCGCGCACGGCGUCGGAGCACCUGAAGCGCGGGACUUGCCCCAAUUUCAGCUCCGCAUCCAAACCCAUUUCGUCUCCGUCGCCAAUAUCGACUUCUUUGCCCAACUCCGCUCCGCCGCCGCCGUCCCACCACAACCCCCGGAAGCGGAGCUCCUCCUCUGCGGCGGCCUCCGGGAGCGCCCCGACGCCGUCGUACAGCGUUCCACCGCAGGGUAUAGUCGAUCCGACGCGGUUCUGCGGCGGCGAGCUGACGUACGCUUCGGCGGUGACGACGACGGUGCUGACUCAGCAGCCGCAUUUGAUGUUGUCCGGCGGGAAAGACGAUUUGGGAGCUCUGGCGAUGCUGGAGGACAGUGUGAAGAAGCUCAAGAGUCCCAAAACCUCACCUGGCCCGACGCUGUGUAAGAGCCAAGUCGAUUGUGCGCUUGAUUUUCUUGCUGAUUGGGUCUACGAGUCUUGUGGGUCGGUCUCAUUUUCGAGCCUGGAGCAUCCCAAGUUCCGAGCUUUUCUUAACCAGGUGGGCUUGCCGGCGAUUUCCCGGAGGGAGUUCACCGGGUCGAGGUUGGAUGCUAAGUUUGAGGAAGCGAAGGCCGAGUCGGAAGCCAGAAUUAGAGACGCUAUGUUCUUCCAGAUUGCCUCUGACGGAUGGAAGUCCAAGAAUGCUGGGGGUUUAGGUGAGGAUAGUCUUGUCAAUUUGACUGUGAAUCUUCCCAAUGGGACUAGUGUGUACCGGAGGGCGGUGUUUGUUGGCGGCUCUGUGCCGUGGAAGUACGCCGAGGAGGUUCUGUGGGAGACGAUUACGAGCAUUUGUGGGAAUGCUGUGCAACAAUGUGUAGGAAUAGUAGCGGACAGGUUUAGGAUCAAGGCAUUGAGGAAUUUAGAGAGUCAGAAUCACUGGAUGGUUAAUCUAUCUUGUCAGUUUCAGGGUUUUACUAGUUUGAUUAAGGAUUUCAGUAAGGAGCUUCGGUUGUUCAGGGCUGUUACUGAAAACUGUUACAAGCUCGCGAGUUUUGUGAAUAACAAGUCUCAGGUUAGGAUUAGCUUUCAGAGGUAUCAAUCCCAGGAGGGUGGUUAUGCUGGUUUAUUACGAGUGCCAUCGAUGCGCGAUUAUGAAAUGCUCAACUUUGGUCCAGUGUAUGUAAUGGUUGAGGAUAUUCUUAGCUCCGCGCGAGCACUUCAGUUGGUCGUGCUAGAUGAAUCUUAUAAAGGGGUAUCAAUGGAGGACCAAACGGCAAGAGAAGUUGCUGAGAUGAUUGGGGACGUGGCGUUUUGGAAUGAAUUGGAGGCGGUGCAUUCUUUGGUUAAACUUAUCAAGGACAUGGCUCAAGAGAUUGAGAUAGAGAGGCCACUGGUUGGGAAAUGCCUCCCACUUUGGGAUGAAUUAAGAGCAAAAGUGAAGGAUUGGUGUUCAAGUUUCCACAUUGAUCAAGGUCCCGUGGAGAAGGUAAUCGAAAAGCGGUUCAAGAAGAAUUACCAUCCAGCUUGGGCUGCUGCAUUUAUACUCGAUCCAGUUUAUUUGAUUAAGGACAUAAGUGGAAAGUAUCUUCCACCAUUCAAAUUGUUGACGCCGGAGCAAGAGAAGGAUGUGGACAAGCUCAUAACCCGGCUUGUAUCAAGGGAGGAGGCUCACAUUGCACUAAUGGAACUCAUGAAGUGGAGAACAGAAGGGCUUGAUCCCGUAUAUGCUCGCGCUGUACAAAUGAAGGAGAAGGAUCCCGUUUCAGGCAAGAUGAGAAUUACUAACCCACAAAGCAGUAGACUUGUGUGGGAAACAUACCUCACUGAAUUUAAGUCACUAGGGAAAGUUGCAGUUAGGCUCAUUUUCCUUCAUGCAACUUCAUGUGGGUUCAAAUCCAGUUGGUCUUUAAUGAGGUGGGUGUCUGCAAAUGGGCACUCAAGGGUGAGCAUGGACAAGGCACAGAAGUUGAUCUUCAUUGCAGCUCAUUCCAAGCUUGAAAGACGGGAUUUUUCCUGUGAUGAAGAUAAGGACGCAGAGCUACUUGCCCUAGUAAACGGGUUUGACUGACUGCAACACUUGCUUUUGAACUGGAGGAGCCAUUUUUUGCACCAGCAGAAGAGUUCGACAAAGAUAUGGUUGGACUGGAGAGGCCACCUUAAAAUGGUUGGUGGUUGGCAUAACCCUUUGGAUCAUGACAGAGGAAGAGCUUGCCGAAAGGAUCCAAAGACUGAUAUGACCUGAAAUUUUUUGGAAACGACCUGUCUUUUGCAUGUACAGGGCUUUGGUUCUUCUUCUAAUGGCAAGCCAGAGUUUCACAAAUGCAAGGCUUUAGAGCUGGAGAAGCACUUUUGUUUCAGCUAAGCCCCCACCAUGAGAGAAGUGGAAGUCGUUUUCUAAGCUUUGGUUUUUUUGGUCAUGGAUCUGAUGGGAAUGGGAUAAGAUUAUCAGGGUUUUUUUUUUAUUAAUUUUUUUUUUCCUUUUCCCAUCAAAUCAGCAAGUUUGGUUCAAUUGGGUAACUUGUGUUUUAAACAUUCCAAAGGCUUUUGAUGAAAGUUUCAUGCAGAGUUAUUGGGUUGAUGCUUGCUCCCCAUGAUUGAGGGAAAGAAAGGUUUCGAAAAAGAAAUAAGAACCCAGUUCCUAAGGAAGGCUGUCGGCAUGAAGCAGCACACAAGAUGCUUGAGAACGAUCCCCCUUUCAAAAUUAGCCUCAUUUUCCCGCUGCUUGUUACGCUUCGCUGGAGUUGAAAACUACAAUUUUAAGUUUUUAACAUGCAGUGGUAUUGGAAGUGGUGUACCUAACAUCAUGUCUUUGUAUGUAUUGUGUAAACCACUUGUUCACAACCACAUGGUUACUACUUAUUCAAACUCAUUGAAACCCUAUUAUUUAGUUCGUCCUUCA